GAGCUCCUGAUUUGAAAAAGAAAAAAAAAAAAAACUGAUUCAGGUUUUAUUGUUUAAAAUAUUCAUUUUUGUGUUGUUGUUGCGCGUGGAUAAAUACAUCAGGGUGUGGACUUCGAGGGGCUCAUGCGUCGUGUGUGGCUCACAGUCCGGUGUUGGAAGUGGAGGAGGCUGUGAAGGUUUUACAAGAGGGCCCGAGCAGGAAGCAGCGGAACCGGAUCAAGUGUCUUCAUUAUUCACGUCGAGAUCGAUCCACCUCGUGGUCGUGACGAGCAGUCGUGUGGACGUUUAGUUCUCUGUGCCUUGUUCGCAUUUCACAGUUUACCUGUGAUUGACAGGCGUUCCGCUUCCUGUAGGCAUAUAACACACCCCCCACACACACACACACAGGAACAGUUAAAGUGAAAGCAGGCCCAGUGUGAGUGUGUGUGUGUGUGAGUGAGUGAGUGUGAUUUAGAGUAAAUUAGAGCUCCAGUUACUGUAAUCUGUAUAACGUCAGCUCCUGCUGUGUGUGUGUGUGUGUGUGUGUGUGUGUGUGUGUGUUGACAUCACCAAGGUGUUGUCACCCUCGCCCCCGAGGCCUUCUCUGGUCCCUUCUACUGUAAUUUGCCUUCAUGCUGCAGCAAUAAGCAAUACUCAGUCAUUUGUCAGGGAGACGUCGCGCGAUUUGGUCACAAGGGUUCGUACACGGUCUGAUCUUUCAGGAUCUUUUCUCAAGACUCACAUUUUUUUGAGUGUCAGGUUUUCCCGUGAGGCCUAGAGGUGUGGAAGAAGUUGGGUGGGGGUGUGUGGGGCAAGUUAGUGUAUGCCUGCCUGCACCAUGAUGGCCUCUGACAUGGCUGAGACGUGGAGGAACUGUUUCGAGGAGGAGCUCAUCUGCCCCAUCUGCCUGCACGUGUUCUCAGAUCCCAUCCAGCUGCCCUGUAAGCACAACUUCUGCCGGGGCUGCAUCAGCGAGGCCUGGGCCAAAGACUCCUCGCUGGCCCGCUGCCCCGAGUGCAAUCAUGCUUACACGCAGAAGCCCAGCCUGGAGAAGAACCACAAACUGUCCAACAUCGUGGAGAAGUACAACGCCCUGAGCGUGGAGAAGGCCACCACGCCGGCGCUGCAGUGCAUCCUGUGCCGCCGGGGCCCGCCGCUGCCCGCGGUGAAGGUCUGCCUGCGCUGCAACGCCCCGUGCUGCCAGUCCCACGUCCAGACACACCUGCAGCAGCCGUGCUCCGCCCUGGGGCACCUGCUGGUGGAGGCAGAGGCGGUGAAGGCCUGGACCUGCCCGCAGCACGACGAGUACCGGCUGUACCACUGCGAAGCCGAGCAGACGGCCGUGUGCCAGUACUGCUGCUUCGCCCGCUGCAACCCCAGCCACAGCCACGCCGUCACCGACGUGGAGCUGAGACGCAACGACAUCCGACAAAGCCUGUUGAGGCAGCAGGAGCGCGUGGAGGAACGAGUGCAGGAGAUCGAAGAGCAGCUCUGCAAACUCGACUCAGACAAGUGUGUAGUGGAGGACAGGGUGUGUGAGCUGAAGGAGGAGGUCCGCCUGCAGUACCAGCGAAUGCACCAGCUCAUGGAGGAGGACCUCGGUCGGACACUGGAGGCCCUGGACCGGGCUCAGGCUCGGUUCUGCCAGGAGAACGCCGCCCAGGUUCUGACUCUGGGGGAGCAGCGCCACGAGGCCCAGAAGCUGCUGAGCUCCAUCCACACAGCCUUCAGUAAGGCCGAGGAGCUGAGCUUCAUGAAAAACACCAAACCCGUUAAAAUCCUCACAGACAGGUCUCAGGCGUGUGUGGGCAGCAGUCUCCCUCCAUACAAAGUCGGGAAUCUUAACUCUAAACUAUUCCUUUCUGAAAUCUCAAAAAGAGAGAAGAGCUUGAAGAGAACGCUGGAAGCUCCCCUUACCCCUCCCUCCACCUUCCUGCAGUCCGUUCCUGCGUAUCCCAGCGGUCAGAGCUCCGGUGCUGGAGCGGAGAAACGGAAACAUUCCACUGCCUUUCCAGAGGGAAACGGGAGCGUCGGAAAGAACGCUGCUCCGGGUUUCAAGGACUCCUCUUCGUCCUCCUCUUCCUCGGCGCUAGCCAAGCAGCCCUACCUGGGCUCCAGUUCUGCCUCUGGAGAGGGCCAGUCCACCAAUCAGCAGCCACUCGGCCCCUGCGGCCCACCUCACAUCGGCGAGGGCGGCGGGACAGGAAGUGGGAGUGGCUCGCUGGCCAACCACCACUCGGGCUCCGUGUUCGGCUCUUCGCACUUUGCCCCCGGGGGCAGCGGCUCCUCGCACGCCUCCCAGCAGGCGGUGCUGCCGCAGUACGGCGGCCGCAAGAUCCUGGUGUGCACGAUGGAUAACUGCUACUGCUCCGGAGUGCCCUCUGUGUCGGGCCACCGCGGCCAUCCCCCUUACACCCGCUCAGGCUCCUUCCCCUGGGUCAGCGCCCAGGACUACCCCCCUCCCCCAGGCCUGGCCUCUGGAGGUCCGUCCAUGCAGGGCCUGGCAGUGAGGGACUGGAUAGAUGCCUCUCAGACACACAGACACGCCGAUUUCUACGGGCUGUAUGGGCAGCCCUCAACAAAGCACUAUGUCACCAGCUAACAAGAGUGUACACACACACACACACACAUACACACACACACACACACACACACACACUCACCUACACACACACACACACACCUACACACACACUUGGAUAUAGAGACAGGCACCUAAAUAGCACAUUAUUACCGACUAACUUACUUGGGGGGGGGAUGCAAAGCAGUUAUACUAUACACACAUGAAAAUAAAAUGCUUAUAUCCACACACACACACGCACACACACCUAGAGCAUGUACACACAUUCGGGGGCAGGGUCGAUCUCUUUGUGUUUUUACUUUUUCUUCCUCUGUUUAUGUUUUUUUCGGUCAGUGUUUCAUGUAGUGUAUUAUACGUGACAGCCGACCGCUCUCACUCUGGCACAACUCAGCUCAGCGUUUUUGCUUCUCGAAGCGAGAACCAAGAGGAGGCCUGAGAGGAGAGGAUGAGCUGCAUCCCGUUAUUUAUAGGAGGAGGAGGAAGAUGGAUUGUUAGAAAAACAAACUUUGAAUAGAUAAAUCUUGUCGUACCUUCACGGCCUCGCACUGAGGCUGAAGGGAAAAAAUGCAGUUGAGCUUUGCGAAUUUCGCGCCUCACGUUUCUCUGAUAUAAUCGUCCCUCCAGUCGUACUGAGGUCAGUUGCCUUAUGUUAUUAGCGUCAUAGUUUCCUCUGCCCUGCUGACUUUGUUUGAUUGAGUCCUUUAACGAGGGACUGCCGUCCGUUUGUGUGUCUUGAUUUGUUCUUUUUUUUUCUCUUAUCAUCAUGGCAUUUCUUCGUUUUCUUUGCUGAGUUCAGGGAUGGAUUGUACGGCUUGAACACAAAAACGCUCUUCCAUGGAACACCCACAAUGCACUUGUGGACGCCUUGUUACGCCUGGACUACAGAUGCUGACACGCAGAAGGACACUAGAGCUGCGUCCGAACGGCCCGGCUGUCCCCUCAGAGUUUUCUGGGAAUUCAGCCCUUAUUCUUAGCACUCCCUUCCUGCUGCCAGGCUUCCCACAGGACAGAAAAAUCUUCUGACAAAGACUGUUUCCAUUUAGUAAUUACUAUGACUUUGUGUUAUUUGGUACAACCGUAGGCGCCGCGCUCGUCCAGAGAGACUCUUGAUUUUAGAGGAGAAGGCGAGACUGGACAGACCAAACCAAUCAAGCAUCUGGAGGAUCUGAUGAUGCUGUAAUUGUACUUCCUGCAGGGCAAAGAUGUCACUUCCUCUCAAUAAGCACACAAGCUCUUGGCUUCCUGUUUGCAGCUGAAAGCAUGCAAGGACGGGGUUGUUGUUUUUCUUCUAAAAGCACUCAAAAAGAAGAACAAUGGUGGAGUGAAAAAAUACUGUGUGAAAGAGAAAAAAAAAAGGGUGGGAGGAAUUUUUUUCAUGAACUUUUUCUAAAAGAAUGAGACUGGACUGUGAGAUGUAAGCAAAUGUUGUUCAUCAUCCCUAAAGAGGAGCUGUUGGAACAGUCGACAUACAGAGGAAAACAAACGACAACGACAUAAAAAGUAUCUUUUUUUGUAAAUAUUUUGUGAAAUGGAAAAAUUACAGACGUGAUUUGGAGAAGGGUUCCAAAUAAACAGACAAAUUUAAAA